AUGGCCGAUAUUGUUGGUCCGUUACGUCCAUCUGAUAGCUGGUCAACCACGGAAGUGCGCUCGUUGCAACACUCACACGUCUGGACAAUUCGUGGUUUCUCGCAAUGCGAGUGUCGCUAUCUCGAAACAUCCGUCAAAAUCAAGGAAACGGUUUGUUCGUCGGAUAUUUCUCAUCCAACGGCAAAUUCACAUGCACUUAUUGCUUACUAG